GGAAAGUGACGUCAUUGUUAGUGUUGCUAGCAGAAUAGUAGUGCAGCUUCCUACAUAGGGUUUUCAUAAAAAAAUAACCAUGGCGGCCACAGAAAUAGCUAGGCAAGCGGGAGAAGGUGCUCGUGCCGUCCCUCUAGCCGGCCAUGUCGGCUUUGAUAGCAUGCCCGACCAGCUGGUCAACAAGUCUGUCAACCACGGCUUCUGCUUCAACAUCCUCUGUGUCGGGGAAACGGGCCUGGGCAAGUCCACUCUUAUGGACACCCUGUUCAACACCAAGUUCGAGGGCGAGCCCACCCAGCACAACCAGCCGGGCGUGCAGCUCAAGUCCAAUACAUACGAGCUCCAGGAGAGCAACGUGCGCCUCAAGCUGACCGUGGUCAACACUGUGGGCUUCGGAGACCAGAUCAACAAAGAGGACAGCUACAAGUCUAUUGUGGAGUUUAUCGACACCCAGUUCGAGGCCUAUCUGCAGGAGGAGCUGAAAAUCAAGCGCACGCUACACAGCUACCACGACACGCGCAUCCAUGCCUGCCUGUACUUCAUCGCGCCCACCGGACACUCCCUCAAGUCCCUGGACCUGGUCACUAUGAAGAAACUGGACAGCAAGGUCAACAUCAUCCCCAUCAUCGCCAAAUCAGACGCCAUCUCCAAGAGCGAACUGACCAAGUUCAAGAUCAAGAUCACCAGCGAGCUGGUCAGCAAUGGCGUUCAGAUCUACCAGUUCCCCACCGACGACGAGACGGUGGCAGAGAUCAACUCCACCAUGAACGGCCAUUUGCCGUUCGCCGUUGUGGGCAGCACGGAGGAGGUAAAGAUCGGCAACAAGAUGGUGAAAGCGCGGCAGUACCCCUGGGGAACGGUGCAGGUGGAGAAUGAGAGCCACUGUGACUUUGUGAAGUUGCGGGAGAUGCUGAUCCGGGUAAACAUGGAGGACCUGCGGGAGCAGACACACACGCGCCACUAUGAGCUCUACCGCCGCUGCAAGCUGGAGGAGAUGGGAUUCAAGGACACGGACCCCGACUGCAAACCCUUCAGUCUGCAGGAGACGUACGAGGCCAAGAGGAACGAGUUCAUGGGCGACCUGCAGAAGAAGGAGGAGGAGAUGAGGCAGAUGUUCGUCCAAAGAGUCAAGGAAAAGGAAGCCGAACUGAAGGAGGCCGAGAAAGAGCUGCACGAGAAGUUUGACCGGCUCAAGAAGCUGCACCAGGAUGAGAAGAAGAAGCUGGAGGACAAGAAGAAAUCCCUGGAUGACGAGCUCAACGGCUUCAAGCAGAAAAAGACGGCCGCCGAGCUCCUGCAGUCCCAGGCCCAGCAGGCAGGGGGCUCAACCACACUCAAGAGGGACAAGGAGAGGAAAAAUUAACUCCUCCCCCCACUUGCUGCAUGCUGCAUGAGACAUCUUGUCCUGCUUCUUUUAAUCUGUCUUGGCCACCUGUCUGAAGAGGGGAUUGCAGCUUCAACAAGAACUAAGCACCCAUUUCCUCUUCCUGUCUUUUCUCACUGCAUCAACCUUUUUUUAACUUCCAUCUCAUCUGCUUUGUUGAACAUGGCCGUAUGUGGACUUCACAUGGUAUUUUUUUGGAUAGUUUACCUUUUGCCACCUAAUCAAGGUACACUUUGGCAAGUGGGAGUCCUUCACUGAUAAUAUUUUGCAGAUCUGUCUUGGUGUAUGAAUGAACAAAGCUUUGUUCAGGUGCUCAGGUAGGAUUCUAAACAGUUGUUCAAGAGAAAAACAUUAAACCAAUCGUUUCAUCAUACCAUAUGUGGCAGAGCCAAGGCUCCGGAUUAAUUUAUAUUUUGCAUAAAACUAUCAGAACUUAAUUGACAGUACAUUUUAAGAAAGUUUUUAUGUAAUAAUGUUCAAUCAUAUAUUCAGUCCAUUUUGAGAAGGACUGUUUUGAAAUAACCACUAUUAUAAAUUAUUUACAAUGACGGCCUACCCCGGCCAUAGCCUAACCCGGACAACGCUGGGCCAAUUGUGCGCCGCCCUAUGGGACUCCCAGUCACGGCCAAUUGUGAUACAGCCUGGAAUUGACUCAGGGUCUGUAGUGACACCUCUAGCACUGAGAUGCAGGGCCUUAGACUGCUGCACCACUCGGGAGCCCCUAUGAAUACAAAUGGCACAACCCUCAAUAAAGCGCUGACAAAGCCGACAUAUUCAAUUGGUGAUUGAUAGUGUGACGUCUUGCGUGUGAGUAGUAUAAACUUUUGUCAAUACGGAUUUAAAAACCAUAGGACAAUUGCGAUCCAAAUAAAUACAGUAUUCUUUGUUCACUGCAUAGGUUGUUUCAUUGGAACUUAGAAGAGCCAAAGACAUGUUCAUGUCAAGCACUUAUUUAGUGAAAUCACCUUUUCCGUACUGAAAUACCAUGUAGGUCACAUUUAAUGCGCUUUACGCAUUGUGCUUUAACUAACAUCAGUCUAUUCUGUAUAUUGCAUGUCUUAUGCUCUUUUUUAUUUUAUUUCAUCACCUCUGUGAUCUUGACCUUUUCCCCAUUGUAGUUUUCUCCCCUAACAGUUCCGUUUUGCACUCUUUCACAUUUGAUGCUCUAUUGUUUGGACCAGUUUUAUCUUGUGUAUUACUAGUUGUUAUGUGCAGUUAUACCCCUCUCCACAAUUUCCGGCACCCAUAUUGCCAAAUAUUACAAUGAGAUGGAGUUGAAUCCUAGAUACAGAUAGAUACUCAUGCAUUUGUAUAAUUUAUAAGGAUAUAUUUUGUGUAUGGAAGUGGAGACCUGUUUAUGAAAUAUGAUCUUUGGACGUGACUCUUCUCUCUGUGUAAAGUUACAUUUUGGUGUAAGAAAUUGCCAUACAUUUUUCUAGCAUCUGCCAUAAUCACCCCUCCUAGUCAAUUACCUGUCCGCACCACAAAUUAAUGAUAUAAUAUGUGAUUGUAGUUUGAUUCCAUUUAUGUACAUUUUCAAUAAAAUGAUGAUGAAAAA